AUGCCGAUUGGAAAGAUUGAAGCGUUUGACGAAACGAACAACGAUUGGAACGCCUAUGUGGAACGUGUAGAGCAAUACUUCUUCGCCAACGAAAUCAAGGACAACAAGCAAGUGGCCGUAAUGCUAAGCUUAAUGGGAAACAAAAUGUAUGGAUUACUACGCAAUUUGGCCGCCCCAGCCAAGCCAUCCAGCCUGUAUUUCAAGACUAUCGUAGAAACACUACAGAAGCAUCUGUCACCGAGACCACUGCUCAUAGCAGAGCGAUUCCGCUUUCACAAAAGGAACCAGCUCGAAGGUGAAACCGUUGAUGAUGAGCGCGAUGAUGAUAGCUUGGUGGCAUCCCUAGAAGUCAACAAUGUUAACCAUGGGGUAGUUGGUAACGUCAUCCGGGUGAAACCAAAAGUUAAUGGCCACACACUGAAGAUGGAGCUAAACACAGAGGAGAUAACACCAGAAGGCAAACUACUUGUUCGCGUGGAAUACAACAACCAAGUCAAGGACUUAACGUUACAUGUAGUGAAAACACAAGGGCCGGCGUUGUUUGGAAGAGAUUGGCUACACAAGAUACAACUCGAUUGGAAAAGAAUCUGUCCUAUUUCAAAAGAACAGCCGACACAAGACACCCAGAAGAAAUUAGAGAGACUCAUAGACUACUAUAGUGAGGUGUUUAAGGAUGAAAUCGGCACAUGUAAGUCAGCCAAGGUGAAACUCGCGUUGAAGGAAGGCAGUCAACCAAAGUUUUUUAAAGCAAGGCCUGUCCUAUAUGCCAUGAAACCUAAGGUCGAGGUGGAGCUGAAACGUCUAGAAAAAGAAGGCAUACUAAGAAAGGUCAAAUUCAGCGAUUGGGCGACGCCUAUUGUGCCAGUUGCCAAAUCAAACGGCACAGUUCGAAUUUGUGGCGACUAUAAGACCACAGUUAACCCCCAGCUUCAGACAGAAGAGUACCCACUCCCACGCAUCGAUGACAUAUUCGCUAAGCUAGCAGGAGGGCAGAAGUUCACCAAGAUUGACCUCAGACAGGCCUACCAUCAGAUGGAUGUGGAGGAAGAGUCACAAGAGUACUUGACGAUUAACACCCAUCAGGGGUUGUACCGAUACAACCGCCUGGUAUUCGGGAUCACUUCAGCCCCAGCAAUUUGGCAGAGAUCUAUGGAUCAAAUCUUAGAAGGGGUCGAAGGAACUAGUUGCAUCUUAGACGACAUGAUUAUCACAGGAAAAGAUGACAAAGAGCACCUUGAAAAUCUGGAGGAGGUACUGAAGAGGCUACAGGCAAAUGGCCUACGAACAAACCGCGAGUAG